GGCCAGGUCCUGAAGCGCCUGAUCAAGGGGAGGGGGAAGGGGCAGGCCCGGUUCAUGACCGUGCAGAUGCACUACGCGGAGAAGCUGGCGGGGUGCGAGCCGGGCUGCUUCGACCUGGUGGUGGAGGACAGCUGCUUCAAGGCGGCGGGAGAGAGGAUCGCCCACUUCCUGGAGGCGUACUGGUCGGCGACGCAUCCGGAGCCGGAGAAGGGAGUCGACUCGCAAGGCUUCCCGAAGGUUUCGCAACACGUUUGUGCCCGAGUGAGCAAUGUCGCCUUUCCCUCAUGCCAUGCAGCGCCGGAGACGAGGACGAAGGUGAAGUUCACGACCGGCGACGACGAGGAUCCCUUCGAUCCCAACGUUUUUCACAUUCAUUCCUGA